AUGAUCAGAGGCGAAAGUAGCAGGAUGCAGGAGCAUUUAAGGACUGUGUUGCAGUCGAUACACGACGAUCCAUAUUUCAAAGGCGCCAAAGGCCCAAAAGAUCGAGCAGAUAUGGACAAAACUCUCAAAAGCUUUGUUUUUAGAUACCUUUACUUUGUCUUUUCAGGCCAUGGGCGGCUGCUACCUGUUCUAUUCCCCAGUGCGCCUCCCGAAAAAUUCCCAAGAGGCCUGGACGAGGCGUUAAGCCUGGACUUGGCUCAACAACGGAGAAACGACCCCUUUUACGCGGUGGAGGAACCCACUGCCAGCCUACAACAUCGACAUGCGGGUCGCAACUGUGGCCGCAAAUUCCAGCCCGGAGAGCCCAUAUAUCGCUGUAAAGAGUGCAGCUUCGACGACACAUGUGUGCUCUGCAUCCAUUGUUUCAAUCCCGAGGACCAUCAAGGCCACCACGUCUAUACCAGCAUAUGCUCUCCGCUCAACUCGGGGAUUUGCGAUUGUGGGGAUUCCGAAGCUUGGAACAGACCUUUACAUUGCCGAGCGGAACUGGCCGGUAGUGACGUAGACGAAGUGGACGAAUUUGAUCGCAGCGAGGGAUUUGAGUCAGUAGAAAUGCAGCAGUUGUUCGAAAAUGCGCUUGCAGAAAUACUUGAUCAUUUUCUUGACGUUUUCAACCAGAAUAUUGAGCCGCUACCGAUUAUCCAGAGAGAGAUCACCGUGAACCUUAGGGAGAUGGAGCUGCAUAAUAGAGUUAGAGACAAGUGGGAGCUUCUCCGAGAUCUCGAAUAUAAAAAUGACUAUACCCUAAAGUGUGGACGCGACAUUCUGAGUGAUUACGAUCAGCAAGACAGUGGCGAAGAGAUCAAUGAAGAUGAACUUGAUCAACCUGAAUAUGCAGUCAUGGUCUACAACGAUGAGUAUCACAACUAUUCCCAAGCAAUCGCAGCAUUGAAACAAGGUGCACCUGACGACAAGCACACUGACAAACUGACUGCCUGUAUUGAUGGAGAAGGCCGGGCAAUGCUAAAAUGCUCUAAAGACAUCUCAACUGUCUUGAGUGGUUUCUUUGCAAUUCGUACGAACGGGUUAAGCGCCACGCUCACUUCGUGGACAGAAUACAUUCAUCAAGAGGCCUGUAAGUACAUGAUAGCAUGGAUUGGGCACUGCUUGACUAUUCCCAACCCGGAAUUUCAACAAACAUUUAGAGAGGCUUUAGGAACCGUCUUGUGUUCCGAGACAACGACUUUUGCUGAGAAGCUGGAUGUUAGCGAGAUAGUUGACGAACAUUUUCCUGAAAAGCUCGGUGCCGAUCCAACUUUCAGGUAUGCUGACCUUUCGGUUUUAGACCGAGACAACGAAAUACCAAUCAGUCAUCAUAAAGAGCUUGUGCCUGGUGAAGAAGUCUACAUAUCAUUGACGCUGAAUGAAACGCAAACGCCUGCUAAUAAAAAUUAUGCAAAUUCCAGGUUACAACAUUUCCUGUUUUUCGAUAACAGGUACUGGAAGAAGUUGCGAAAAGAUAUACAAGACGUCAUAAUCCCCACCAUGUCGUCUAGUUUGAAGUUCAAGCCUAUCUUUUGUACUCAAUUAGUUCAGAUCUUCAACCACAUGACAAGAUCGGUCGCGUUCAUGGACCGGGAACCUCAAUUGAGCGCACUCAGAGAGUGCAUCGUACAGUUGUUUACCUGUCCUACAAACGCAAAAAAUAUUUUCGAAGACGGCAGUUUUUGUGAUAUAAUGUGGUCCGUUAUCGAUAUCUUUACUGAGUUCUCGAAGAAAGAUGCAGGCCUUUUGGUUUGGCAAAAAGUGCAGAAAACCAAUCCCACAAAAAGUUAUAGGUUCUCCUUCAAACAAGCUUUCUAUGCCGUGGAAACCGUCCUUAGCAAAAUUGACGAUCCUAAUCUUUUUUUGCGACCUCCAGAAUUUGUCGCGCUGGUCACUUUAUGCAAGUUGUUCAACGGUGCCUGGAAGAUUAAGCGAAAAGAAGGUGAGCAUGUUCUCAGAGAAGAUCAAAAUUUCAUUCCAUAUGUGGAGUACACUACCUCUAUUUUCAGCAUUGUUCAAACGCUGGAUAAGACUCUGGAUAAUAAGCGAGAUGACAUUGAUGAAGAUUUACUUCGUAACGCUAUCAAGUUGUUGAGUACAUUUUUAGGCCAUCGAACUUUUCACUAUAAAGCUGUUCACGAGACCCACGAAAUCAUCAAGUUCAAAGUCAGUAAGCAACGAGUGGCCUUCAUGAACCCUGUUCACACUUUACUGUCAUUUUUGAUGGAAAAGGUACCUCUCAAAGAUGCAUUCGAAGCCGUUUCUAAUUGCAAUGACUUUCUCGCCAUAUCAGACAUUUCUUUGAGAUCCAUUGUGCUCUGCUCUCAGAUAGAUGUAGGGUUUUGGGUGCGAAACGGAGUGUCAGUUCUUCGCCAAUCAUCAUAUUACAAACGCACUCCUGACAUGGCAUCGUAUCUGUGCGAUAUUCAUCUCUGCCAGCUAACUUUUCUCGAGGAAAAGAACGACUUGGUGAGACUGGUGUAUAACGUCCUUGAGAGAUGGGAGUUGUUAAGCUGGUUAGAUGGAGACGAGGAGUUUAGGCAUACGGUUUAUGAAGAUAAAGUCGUAUUCAUCCUUCAACAAUUUGUUGCCUUCAUUUAUCAGGUGCUCGCAGAAAGACAGUCCUUUAGACACUUUCAAAGCUCUCAAGAUAAAGAGCAUCACCAAAUAAAGAAGGCGAUCAUGUAUGGUCUUUUCAUGGAACCUCUUUCGUAUUCUGAUCUGUUUGCUGGGAUGCCGGAGUAUUUAACAGAGCGUUCUAACUUAUUUGAUAAGGCACUGGAGGAAGUUUCGCUGUACGUCGGGCCUAAAGGUCUUGAAGACAAUGGCGUUUUCAAAUUGAAACCAGAACUGUACAAAAAAAUUGAUCCCAUGCAGCUUCUUAAUAUGGGAAAUGAUUUUGAGCACAGCGCAUCCGUUAUUGCAUCCCAUUUAGCUGGGCCGGGCGGUGAUGUCAAAAAGAAUAUCUUGGAACCACAAUUGACACACCCAAAAUAUAUGGAUGAGAACGCAAAGCUAUUAGGGGCCUUUACGCGCACUAAUUUAUUCGCGAAAUUAAUUUUCAAUCUUCUUCAGGUUUGCCUCGACCUUGACGAAGGGACUUUCUUGUACGGACUUCUGCACUUAAUUCAUGGGAUAUUCAAGGACGAUGAAUUAGUCAAUGGCAAAAACUCUAUUCCAGAGGCUUAUUUGUCCAAACCGGUUUGCAACUUGUUUCUGACCAUUGUAGAAUGCAAGUCCGGCGUUUUCUCAGAAAGCGUCAUUGCCAAAGCAGACUAUCUGCUCGAAAUGAUGAUCUGGAAGAAGCAUGAGGUUGUGUUUGAUUCCUUGGUGUCUUGCUUUGGUGAAGGUGCUGUCGAUAAGUAUAAAGCCAAGAAACUACACCAAGGUAUCAAUUUUGAAGAAAGUGAAAAAGAUAAGAAGAAGAGACUGGCAAAGGCCCGUCAAGAGAAAAUCCUCUCUAAAUUCUCCAAGCAACAUUCGAGGUUUAUGAAGGGGAAUGAUAUGAAACUUAGGGGUACUGAAGAGGACAUUGAUAUGACAGAUGAUAUGAAGGACUCAAGCGAAGAACACACAUGUGCUCUAUGUCAGGAUGUGGCACCGACAGAUUCAUUCGUCAUCCCAGUUUAUCAUGAGAACUCCCCAAUUUUCAGAGGAGGUAGAAUUCAUGACAUAAACGAAAUUGCUGCUCCAUGGGGAAGUUUUGGCAACAAUGACGAACAACCCACAAUUUAUGACGAGGACACGUUGAAUUGUUACAAGGAAGACGGCUCUAGGGGAUCGAGGAAGGUCUUUGUUUCUUGCAAUCACUAUAUUCAUUACAAGUGCUUUAAGCGCUACGCCCAGAAAAAAAGAUUCUCAACCAACUCAUUUAUAUGCCCUCUGUGUCAGACAUUCUCGAACUGUGUUGUACCUGUUUCCGGCAAGCUACAGAAUGUGAGUGACGUCUCAAUCGGAAGUCUGCUGGAAUCUAAUGUUUUCAAGCCAGCCAUAAGCUACUUGCACGAAACCAAUCCGAAUGAGGACUUCAGCGGUAUUUUUAACAUGUUUGUUGAAAUCAACAAAAAAAACUUGUAUUACGAUCGUCACUGGGCAACUACUCCGAAAUUUCAGCGACCUGAUGUCGCUCACAUUAUGAUUGUUCACUGGGCAAACACUGUCUCGGUGCUAGAAGUAUCUACACGGGCGUGUGCGGGAACUAACGAUAAACUGCUCCAAGGAAAAGAACAAAAAUUUAGGACCCUGCAGAAUAUUCUCUCGUCUAUCGCAUGGCUUCAUAAGGUUUUAGGACCUCCAUCUGCGGAUCAUAUCCCAUAUGUUAACAGUGACGGCAUAAUCUGGAAUCAAAACCAGCUCUUUCAAUACAUUGCCCGCAACGCACUGUUGCGCCCAGUUCCGAUCUCUGACACGAUAAGCAAAGCACUGUCGUUGUUUUCCAGACAGCUGAUUGUUGACUUUGUGAAGGGUCUGUCGCCCUCAAUGAUCUCUAAGAUGUAUGAUCAGGGUAAAGAUGCCGGUUGUCUGUACGAGUGCACGCCGACUAUGAUGCAUUGUAUGCGUAGGAUAUGCGAUAUCGGUAUCUCGGAUGAAGAAGUGUGUCGCAAGCUAUACGAUUUGACCUACACAACCAUGAUAAAACAUCUAAUGCCGACAUUAAGAAGGUGUCUGGUUUUGCUCAAGGUUUUCAAGGACACUCUCGACCCUAGUGGCGAUUCGAGUUUAAUAAUCAAAGAGCUGAAUUUUGAGUCUCCUUCAGAAAGCUUUGGAAGCACAGAAAUGUAUGUUCAGAUCUUGGUCAGCAAAUUAACCGUCUGUGAAAACCUAGAGCGUUUGCUACAACAUUCGUGUGGCACAAACAUGGAUGAUCCCUACUUGUCGAAAAUUCCUUACGAAUACACUGGAAUUGUGAAAUUGGUUGACCUUGCUCCCCACCUCAAUACCUACCUGACGAACUCGCAAGUGGUGAAGCUGCGAGAGGAGCACCCGGCGCACAUGAAAAAUGCCGGAAAUAGGUUAGAUUUCAAGAUAUGCUUGACAUGUGGAGUGAAGGUUCAUGCAAGAAAAGAUCAUACGGAGCUGGUUAAGCAUUUGGCUAAUCAUUGCUUCAAGCCCUUUGGUCUCUUCCUUAUCCCGAACCUAAACGAAGUGUGUCUGAUAGUCACUAAUCCAAGGUGCUCGAUAUCCAUUUCUGCGCCUUACUUGAACUCGCAUGGUGAGGGAGGCCGCAAUGCUAUUCAGCGAGGUGACUUGACGUUGCUGAGUCUACAGCGGUACGAGCAUCUCACCAAUGUGUGGCUCAACAAUGAGAUUCCCGGUCUCGUUAGUAGAGUGAUGGGUGACGAAUUCCGUGUUCUGAUCAUUUCGAAUGGAGUGGUACUCAAUUUCAACAGAAACGUACUUCGUCCUCGUCGGGCGAACGCAGACGAGCUGGAUGGAGAUAGCAGCAGCAGCGAGGCAGAGGACGACGACACGGAGGGGGUUGGCGCUCGUUGGGAGAUCCGACCGGAGGAGUUUUUCGAGGAAGCCGGUAUACGAUUAGAGGGGGCCGAUCCAACACCGGGUGGAGACAUUCGAGAUUUCUUCCAGAUUAUCAACAAUUUAAGAACGGACGCAGGUGCAUUCGACGACGGUGCGCCGUUGGAGGAAAACGAGACUGGACUAGGUAACGUAUUUGUGCCACGCUUUGAUUUCAUUCCCAAUUUCAGAAACAUAAACGCAGCUCCCGACGAAACACCAGAUAAUGAUGAAGAUGAGAACGACGAAGAUGGCUAG